AUGGUCGUGCCACGAUGGAGGUAUAUCGGCGGCGCCGUUGGCGUUCUCUUCUUCCUCCACCUCGUCCUCUCGAUCCACCCGACGUACCGGUCGCACACCUCGCCCUCGGGCUUUGGCUUCCUGCCGUCGAGCUGGACGACCGAGGAGGGCCAGUGGUCGGGCUCGCACGUCCCUGAUGGAACGUACACCCCCGGCCAGCCGUCCGCCGAGGACCUGCGCGCCAUGGCCAAGGUCGGCAGCAAGAAGCUGAGCGAGCGUCGCCGUGCCAAGGCGACGUUUGUCGUGCUCGCGCGUAACUCGGACCUCGGCGAGCUCCUCUUCUCGAUGAAGCAGAUGGAGGACCGCUUCAACAACUGGGCUCAGUACGACUGGGUCUUCCUCAACGACGACGACUUUACCGACGAGUUCAAGCGCUACACCCAGGCCCUCACCAGUGCUACCUGCAAGUAUGGCAAGAUCCCUGCUGAGCACUGGCACCAGCCCGACUGGAUUGACGAGGACAAGGCCCGCAAGUCGCGUGAGGAGAUGAUCCGCAAGAAGAUCAUUUACGGCCACUCGGUCCCUUACCGUAACAUGUGCCGCUUCAACUCGGGCUUCUUCUUCAAGCACCCUCUCCUCGCCGAGUACGACUACUACUGGCGUGUGGAGCCCAACGUCCGCUUCUUCUGCGACAUCAACUACGACCCCUUCCUCCUCAUGCAGGACCAGAACAAGGUCUACGGCUUCACCCUCUCGCUGUACGAGUACAUUGACACCAUCCCCACGCUUUGGGACGCCACCAAGGAGUUUGCCGCGGCCCACCCCGAGUACAUCCCCAAGGACAACGCCAUGCAGUUCAUCUCGGACGACGGCGGCGACACGUACAACAAGUGCCACUUCUGGUCCAACUUUGAGAUUGGAGACCUCAACUUUUGGCGUGGCGAGGCGUACGAGGCCUACUUUGACUUUUUGGACAAGAAGGGCGGCUUCUACUAUGAGCGCUGGGGAGACGCACCCGUCCACUCGAUCGGUGUCGCCCUCCUCGCGCCCAAGGAGCAGAUCCACUGGUUUGACGACAUUGGAUACAAGCACGAACCCUUCCAGCACUGUCCCCAGGGCGACGCGCACGCACGCGGCAAGUGCUGGUGCGACCCCUCGGACAACUUUGACUUUGAGUGGUACUCGUGCACCAAGCGUUUCGUCGACAUGUUCUAG